GCGUCCGUGGGCCGUCCCCAUGGUGACCGCGACACAACCUCCAGAGCCAGCCAACGGAUACAACCUGAGACACAACCGAUACACACACCUGUGUGUUUACACCACAACUCCGACACUACGACACACGUCUCGACAGCUGGGGGUUCAUUACGCCAUGAGUUUAUCUGUGACCCGCACCGCGUCGGUCAAACACCGGAGCGCUAAAGGCUUCAGACCGCAGCGCGCCUAUGACUACUUAUACGACCCGGUGCACACGGUGUCCGGGGAGGCGGACCACGCCCGGUCCAGCUUCAAGGCCUACGCGUCUGCGGACCGCCUGAGGAGAGUGCAGGACUUUGACUCCAUGUUCAGCUCCAACCCGCGGUUCGCCCUCCAGCUGAGCGCCGUGGACCCGGUGCCGCCCUCCAUGGACCGCCGCUGGCCCGGAGCCAUGGAGCGGCACCGACACACAGAGCAAGCCCUGGACGGAGUCGCUCCGGGGAGCAGGUCUUGGCUCAGAGAGACGGACUGCGAUGUGAACGCAGCGGACAGAUGGAAGUUCUCCACACGACCCCUCAUCGCCUUCGACCGCCCCCCGCCCCCGGACCUGCUCCUGGCGCAGCUCCCGGUCCAGCAGAAUGCCCCGACCGGACCGUACCAUCGCACCGUGGGGGUCCAGACGGACUACAGAGACAGCGAGGCCCAGACGGACCCCUACAGCCCGGAGUAUGUGGUUCGACCCGGGACGGCCCACCCUGAGCUGCUGCUGCUGGCCUCUCUGACCUGGGGUGGAGGCCUGCCCGCCGGCCUGGCGGAGGUGGAGAUGAUCGAGCGGGCGCGGGCCAGGCGGCUGUGGGAGGCGGGCCUGCCCCCCGUGGAGGACCUGGAGCAGCUGGAGCGCCGGAGGGCCAUGAUGGAGGCCAUGGAGACCCGGGAGUGGGCCUUCAGGGAGGGGGAGAUCCAACGGCUGCAGGAGGCCCGUCUGGCCGCCCUGAGGGACCUGCUCCACCAGAGAGCCCAGGAACAGACCCAGGCCACCGCCCAGCGCCAGGACCUCAACCUCACCCGUCACCAGAGCCACAAGGAGGGCAAGCUCCGGCAGAUCCACGGCGACUACAUCCUCUCGCUGAGGAAGCUGACGGCGAAGCGCGCCAACGUGGAGGGGCGGCUGGAGCGCCGGGACGUCGUCCGCGACCACACGGACCACGCCUCCCAGGCCUACGCCCCCCUGACCCGCGGCGGCUCCGUCCCCGACCGCGUCCACAGCCGGAGCGUCGGGGGGGUCAGCAGCCGCUUCCUGGACACCUACCAAGGGCUGCUGGAGCUGGAGGCGUCCCUCCCGGCCUCCGUCCUGGAGCCCAGGAUCCAGGCCCCCGGACCCAGGGCCAGCAGGGGCUUCGUGGGGCGCGCCGAGCGCAGGGAGAUGGAGCUGACGCAGACCCACGAGGCCCUGAGGGCAGAGAAGGACCGCGUGGAGGUCAUUAAGCCGCUGCGCUUCCUGGUGAAGAAGGAGAGACCCGCCCCCCAGCGCCCGCCCACCCCCAGCGUAGACCCGCCCCCCGAGGGGGAGGAGGAGAGGGAGGUGGCCGCCAUCGUCCUGCAGAAACUACUGAGAGGGAGAAGCAUCCAGUACCAGAUGUUUGCGGGUAAGGAGAAGAACCUGGCCCUGAUCCAGGAGGUGAGGACCACCCACGCCCUGCUGGGGGAGGAGCAGAGGCUGCUGAGGACCCAAACCGCCCUGGUGCUGGGCCAGCAGAGCCAGAGGGACCAGCAGAGCCAGCAGGAGGCGGAGGCGGCGGCGUCCCGGGACGGCCUGGUGGGGGCGGAGCUGGUGGAGCUGCUGGACUCCCUGGCCAAGGAGCUGAUUCGUCUGCAGGAGGAGCGCCGGAUCCACGCCAUGGCGCUAUUGGCCGAGAGGGAGCGGCGUCUGCGGGAGGCGGAGGAGAGCGGGCGGAGGCAGGUGGAGGAGCGGCGGCGGCGGGAGCAGGACGAGAUCUUCCGGCAGGUGGUGCAGGUGCAGCAGGCCACGGUGGAGCUGUACCUGGAGGACAUCAUCCUGGGAGUGGUGGAGAGCACGGCGGGGCAGCAGGCGCGGGACGAGGUGCAGAGGAUGGCCCGCGAGGUCAAUGACGUGGCCCACGCCCUGGAGGAGAGCCACAGCGAGCAGCAGGCUGAGGAGCUGGUGUCGGCGUUGGUGUUCAGCUUCCUGAUCCCGGAGGUCCAGAGGAUCAGCGUCAGACAGAAAGUGCGGGACAGACAGCGGAGACACCUGGCCGCAGCCCAGGUAGUCAUCAACGGGGCCACAGGGGGUCCUCGCCAUCCGGCCCCCGUCCAGACCCCCGGAUCCGGCUCUGAGGGGCCCCAGGUCCAGAGCCCCGGACCCGGCUCAGGGGGGCCCCAGGUCCAGACCCCCGGACCGGGCUCUGAGGGGCCCCAGGUCCAGACCCCCGGACCCGGCUCAGGGGGGCCCCAGGUCCAGACCCCCGGAUCCGGCUCUGAGGGGCCCCAGGUCCAGAGCCCCGGACCCGGCUCAGCGGGGCCCCAGGUCCAGACCCCCAGACCCGGCUCAGGGGGGCCCCAGGUCCAGACCCCCGGACCCGGCUCAGGGGGGCCCCAGGUCCAGAGCCCCGGACCCGGCUCAGGGGGGCCCCCCGGCGGACCCAGGGACCCCCGGGGGGGGGACCCCACUGACGACGCUGUGCUCUGAGCGUUCAUUCAGUUCAGAAGAGUUAGAGCAUACCUUUUGGAUAGAACUGGUAAACGGAAUAACUUUAUUGCGGCCGUAUUCUUAAGCGAUAUCAGUUGAAUAAACGAACGCCAAUGGAUAUACGAUCUUCAGUUUGUUUCAGUGACUGAAGUGUAUUUUGUAGUUAUGUUUACAUGCCAUUCGUCUUCCAUUAUAUGAAUAGUGAUGACCAAUGAACCUAAACACACAGGUUUAGAAACAUGCGGCUUCGCUUAGCCUGCAUGAAAAAGUGCAAUGACCUUUGGGUUUUUCACAUCUAAGUUCUGAGAUUUUGUCUGAAAGAUUUUUAAUGAAUCUUCCACACAUACGUUUUUUGUUUUAUUCAGGAUCUAAAUUUUCCUUAGUAAUUAGUGAGUAGGUCAUUACCUUAAGAGUGUCUGUGUGUGUCUCCCCGCUUCUUAAUUUGUUCGUUCGAUUUAAGGGCAUGUUGAUCUACUUGUAUACUGUAACUUGAAGUCAUUAAAGGUUAACAAGAUUACGUUU